AUGCCUAUCACCAACGCCCCCAUCUCUGGUGUCGACAGCGCCAACCCCAAGACCGUCGAGGAGCGCAAGGCUGAGCUUCCUCUGCCCGACCAGCCUCCCACUUCGUCCGACUGGCAGUCUGCUGACGCCCGCAACGUCAACGUCGGCUCCGGCAAGGUCCAGGGUGACAUCUCGUACGGCAGCGGCGCCAGCACUCUUCAUGAGCCUGCCACCAGCGGUGAGAGCAUCGAUGUCGGCAGGACCGCCAAGGAUGGUCUCAGCGGCAUCCCCAACGACGCCGUCACCAAGGACAAGAGGGGCCACACUGCCACCCAGGAGACCAGGCAGUAG